CCGCGCUCGCCACAAUGAAAAACUCGGAGCGAAAAUUACGAAAAUUAUCAGCGCCCGAUUCGCGCGGGUGCAAGUAAAACCAUAAGAAAUUAAGUUGUUAACGCAUAAUGGAUCUCUCAAGGUGAACGAGAUAAGUGUACGCAUUCACAAGUUACGAAAUGAAGGGAGUAGACGGUGAAUUCCGAUCGGAGCCAGACCUCACGACGGCAGCUGACAAGGGCGAUUGGAGGAAUUCCGGCUACCCGCCGGGGUUUACCGUCGAUGAGCUGCGGUUUUAUCGUAAAAAACGUGCUCCAGUUGAAAAUCAACAAAAGGAUCACUUGACCCUUGAAACUGGUGACUUCAAGCUACUGAAAAGUGAAUAUCGUCGCCGAUUUCGAGAUUAUUACGACGCCAACACCCGCAGUGCCCUUCUUUACGAUCUGAAGGAUCUGUCGCCGACGAGACCGAAUAAACCGGGCGAUCACCUCGGAAUCGGCGAAGAGGAGGACGACGACGCCGACGGGAACGAGCUGCAGCCCGAGUACCAUGAAUCUUUUAUUGAAUUUCCAAUCGAACAACGCGCGGCGGCACAGCCGUUGAACACCUACAGGCGAUACAAGCGUCAACUCGACGCUAUGCCUCGUCAAGGGGAUCAUUUGGGAUCCUUUGGUAAUCAUAAAUCGGAAAACCGUGCGCAGUACAUCCAACAUGCACCCGUCGACCGCACGUUGCCGAUCCGCCGCUCGACGAGUUUAAAACUCGAAGGCGACUUUACACCAACCACCGAAAAGGCCGAGCAGUUUAUCAAAUAUUUGCUCGAAAAGCGCCGAUCGCUGAUUAGACACAAUACGAAUCUACGGCUUGAGGGUGAGAUGGAGAAUAAAAAGACUGAAACCCGUGAGCAAUACGCUGCAUACGAGGUACAACCUCGUCCGAUGUUGUACAAAAAGUUAACCAAUCUACGUCUCGAAGGAGAUUUGGAUAUAACUACCGAGAAUCAUGAUCAAUUUAUACCAUAUUCAACUGAUCCUUCUGAAAUACGACCACCAUUGGUAAAACGUUCAACAAAUCUUCGUCUUGAAGGUGACUUAAGAAUGAGUCCUGAAUACCGACAUGAAUAUGUGGAUCAUCCUGGUAGUGAAAGAUCUUCACCUAGUCUACCAAGACACAACCUCCGAGUUGAUGGCUUUUUUGAUUCCAUGACAGAGAAUCAAGAAAAAUUUAUAAGUCAUCAAAUACACCCGCCUAUUCCUUUUCUCAGAGGCUCUGCAUUUAAUAGAAAGCUAUUGCUUGGUGAUGAUAAACCAGUGAGUAGGGCAGAAUACAGAGAGAAAUUUAUUCCGCAUAAUAUCGAAAGAUCAACGGCGUUCAAACGAGGACAGAAUUUAAACCUCGAGGGUGAGAUUGAGUCGAUGACGGAAAAUCGUCACGCGUUCGUGGAACAUCAACAGCAGCAUCCGCCAACGCGUGGCGAUGGCAGGAAACCGCAUAAUCUUCAGCUCGAAGGACAAUUCGACAUGAGCCCGGAGUACAAGAACGCGUACGUGGAUUUUUACAAGACUUCUAAUUUUAGUUCGCCCGUGCGUAGGCGACGAGUCGAACCGAAUCUACGUAGUGAGGGAGUCAUGGAGACAAAUCCGGAGUACAGACGCGCUUUUGUCGAUUUUCCGAGACAAAGGCCGGGAAAAAUUCGUAAACCGGAAACGCAUUUGUCCAGUGAGGGUGAAAUGGAUCACAUGACGGAAAAGCGCGCCGCGUAUAUCGAAUAUCCGGGCCAUCGCAAGCCGGACGCGCUGAAACGCGAGCCGGAAUUCAAAUUGGAGGGCGACUUCGUAUGCCAGCCGGAAUAUCGCAAAGCGUACGUCAAUUACCUGAUCCGCGAGCGCGUUGACCACAAGCAUCGCCCGCUGGACAAUUUGACCGGCGUUGCCAGCCUGCCCCCGAAGCGGGCUUUCGAGAUAUUGAACGUCGACCAGAAAAAAGUCAAUGGUGUUGAACCCACCACCACUACCAGUACGACCACAAAUGACACCACAACAAGCGUCGAUUCAAAACCAGCGAGUAAAAGUUUGAUUCCGAUAGCGACGCCAACGACGUCAACUUCAGCGACUGUCACUACCACAACUACCACAGCGGAAGAAACCGCAUACUCUAGUAGUACCAAUUCGCGUAUACCCCGCCGCAUGCCAUCGAUCAACACUUUGGAAACGCAACUCUUUGGUCCAAAAAUCGAACAUCCAAAGACAUUCCGCUCGAGUAGUUCUUCUCGUCUCAACAGCCGAUCGCCAAGCCCACUGCCGCCCAGAAGCAGCCGGACCAGAUCCCUCAGUCGGUCUGGAAAGACCAGUAGACUCGCCAAAGGCUCCUCAAGUGAAUACGAAGACAAGAAACAUCGAGAUCGCACCGGGAAUCGAUACAGUAAUAGUGUAAAAGUUGAAGAUCUUGCUUAUACACCAGCGACAUCUCCGAUACCAACGCAUAAAUUAUACAAUAUUACUUAUUCUGAUAGAAAACGUUGGGAGAAACCACCGAAAAACGCAAGUAUCAAUGAGCAGAUUGAUAGAAUGACUGCGUUUAUGGUUAUCGACGAUGAUAACAACAACAGGGAUGAUUUUACGGAUCAGAACUUUGCUGAUAACUCUUUCUAUAAGGAGCAGAAAUGGAUGUCUUCAUGGAAUUCUCCAGUAGUGUAGGAUUCAAACUUUUGCAUCCAAGCCAAAUAUGUAAUGAACCUAUCAUUGUUUAGGUUUAGAAUAGUACAAUGCAUGUGUUCUAUGUGCUAACUUUAUUCGGCUUAUUGACAAAUUCUCUCCAGUUAGCAAAUGAAAUUAGUUCAACUCAGGUAAUAACAAACCAACGCGAUUGGUUAGCUGUAGAUAACAAGUAAUACAAUAUCCAAUAUCAAGUGCCAUUAUUGUUAAUAAACGUAUUUAAUAUCAGUCAUAACUGCCAA